GUUUUUUUAAUUUACCACGCAACGUGGUGCAGCGUGCCACGAGUUGCCUGCCGUGCAGGGGGAUCAUGUCCCUGUCCAACCCCUUAUCCCAUGGGUUGCUGAAGGACCUUGGCAAACUCCAGGAACGGGUGUCUUCAACGANCCAGGAGUUGAAACAACGAGGACUGAUUCUUGACCGUCACUUCGAGACGAUAAAGGCACAUGUGAAGGCGGGCAACUCCGUUGCGAAGGAGCGAUGGGACGCAAUCGAGAACGCAUGGGGGCUGAAGCAGACGGGUGUCUUCAACGAAGAAGAGUGGAUCACGCAGAUUGAUGGAGAGGCCCAGGGUAUUACCAGCAGCACCCGUCCGUCGUUUUUAACGCCACAAGAUGCGGGCGGCGCGCGAGGUGCACCGUCUUCGCACCCACCGCCUGCUACUGCUGCGGCUGCCGGGAAGAGAAAGGUCGCAGAUCGGGGGAAGCAAGCCAGGGAUCGAGCUGCCCAAGGUGUUCUAGGUGGCAACAUCAUCAACGCGUUCGCUCGUGGCAGCGGAAAACCGAUUGAGCGGACUCGCGGUGGUGUCAUAGAGCAUGUGUCCGGUAUCAACUUCCCACCUCCGGCCCCGGAGCGGCGCAUACCGUGCCCUCACUGUCCCAUGACCUUCGUGAACGAGCAAGGACUUGGGAUCCACGUGAAAACACAGCACAGCAAUGCAAACAUGUCCAACGGCUUGCGGCUGCAGCGGAUGCUAGGGAAGACUCCCAAAGGGUAUGUUCAGCCGUGGGGAGAAGCCGGGCCUGGACGUUGUUGGCACGUGAAGGUCGAUGGUGCGACGGGGGCGGCUUCGUUCGUCCUCCAACGGAAGCGCUUCCGCGAUCUCGACUUGGAAAGCGACGGCUUUACGGACCGCAAAGUCAAGGAGACUCGUGGAGCUGUGAAAUGCAAGCUAUACGAUUUCAGGUUCAAAGCCUAUGUUGUGACCCAGCUGCGCCUCCUCCAGGAAGACGCCGCAGACCUCUUCAAGGAGGAGCAGCUCACGCCUCUCCAGUACUUAGAGGACCGUCUCAAGGUUAACUACAGCCUGAUCGUGAAGUGGGCUCAGGACGAGGCCAAUAUAGUCCAAUCGGCAGCAGAUGACGUGAAGAAGACCCUCCUUGCCAAACACCAGCCAAAGCGGCGGAAGCUGAAGGUGUCGACCCUGUGGCUGACGGUCACGUUCCGGAAGCUCGUGCAAGAGAAUCACCCUGAGGACCAACGGGCGGCGGCGUUCAGCGCGUCCUUCAGGUGGGCACGAAAAUGGGCAAAGAGGCAUAAGCUGUCCAAACGGCGCAGGAGCAACCUCAAGAACAAGUCUGUUGAAGAGCGCCUACCAAAGAUCCAGCGCUUCCACCGGCGGUUUCGCAAGCUCCUGCAAGAGCCGGUACGGUACAGGGCACCCGAGGCAUCGGACGUGUCGGC